UGGGCUGUCAGUCCCGGGCCGGCUCCAGCCGCCGUGAAACCAUCCAAUAAAGCAGCGACCAGAGCCUGGAAACAGCAAGCUGAGCCAUUUUGCCAGCCGUGGGAUAGGCACACUGUGCGGAGGGUAACGGGCGCUAGUCAUUACUUCAUUUGCCUCUGGGGCAGGAUAAAGGAACAGCACGGCCGGGAAGGGUAGAAAAAGGCGAUUGGGCGCUUGUCCCUAGUGCAGUUGAUCCCAGAGGCUGCUGGGCCGGACUGUGAGUGCGAUGCGAGUGUGGCAGCAGCUGGGGGUAUAACAGGGCGACUGCCUAUUCGAGGCAUUUUGGCAUCUGCAAGAAUAAUUGCUGUCUGCUUCUAACCGAGGGAACGGGCUGCAGCUACUUUGUGAGCAGGAUAUGGGGGCAGGAGCUGCGUGCUGCUAAGGGACCAACCAACACUGCCCUGAGAGGGGCGAAGGGAGGCAGAUGGCUCUGUAGGCAUCACCCGGGCACUUCUCUGGGGGGGGGAGAGGGAUGAGCAGUGAGCAGCGGAUGUGCUAUUUCCUGACUGUCCUGUCUGGGCUAUGCGCUCCCUAGCAGCCACCUAAUCCUCCCGGGAUUCAGCCUUGCAUUGUCUCCAUUGUCACCGUCAGACCGUUCCUUCCAGCACUUAUAUCCUAUUCUCAAGCUUCUUACUCUCCAAUAAGGCAUUGGACUGGGGGUGAAGUGAAACAAGUGAGAGCCCUUAGGACUGCCCUGCAAAACUUGCCAUCCUGGGAAAUCCAAGCUCUGAAGUUUGCAAGGUGGGAUUGCAGCCAGCCUGCCAGGAACACAGGGGCUACACAAGGGGCCGCAAUUAUCAUUCAGCACCAGGGGCCGGGAGAGCCUGCUGCCCCCCGCGUUGGGAUAGGCUGCCUCCCUUCUACCUGCCCCAUUCGGGAUAAAGCGGCAGCAGCACGGCCACCUAGGGGUGUAUGUACCAUAUGCUGCUAAAUCCGGGGCUGUGGCAGCGCCAAGGCAGCACAAGCACCACCGGCCCCUGGGGGGAUAGCGGCUCCCGGGCCAUUGGGAUAGCCCUGCCUGCUGCUCAGCGCAAGGGAGACGGAGCACGUAGAAGGACAACAAAAACAUCUGAGACUUCUCUCUCCCUCCCCCACACACCCUCACCCACCCAGCCAGCCAUUGGGCACAUAUUCCUAUCGGAGGGGGACGGUAUCUGAUCGAUUAGCCCCCCGGUUCCGGGACACCUGCCAGACGCGGCGCCCAGUGGGUGAGCGCAGGGCGAACAGGUGCCAAGUGCGCUGGGGAAGGAGCCGGGCGCUUGGGGGGGUCUGGCCGGGAGCAUGGAGAGCGAUCGGGACAUGUACCGGCAGUUCCAGGACUGGUGCCUCAGGACUUAUGGGGAUUCCGGCAAGACCAAGACAGUGACCCGUAAGAAAUAUGAGCGGAUCGUGCAGUUGCUCAAUGGCUCCGAGUCCAGCUCCACGGAUAACGCUAAAUUCAAAUUCUGGGUGAAAUCUAAGGGCUUCCAGCUGGGGGAUGCGGACGAGCUGAACGUCGGGGACCAGCAAGUGCUUUUCGUCCCUGUCAAGACUACGGAUGGGGUUGGCAUUGAAGAGAAGCUGUCUUUAAGAAGAGUGGCGGUGGUAGAAGACUUCUUUGACAUUAUCUACUCCAUGCAUGUGGAAACAGGGCCCAACGGGGAACAGAUCAGAAAACAUGCCGGCCAAAAGAGGACUUACAAGGCUAUUUCGGAGACAUAUGCCUUUCUACCCAGGGAAGCAGUGACAAGGUUUCUAAUGAGCUGCUCAGAGUGUCAGAAGAGAAUGCACUUAAACCCAGAUGGAGGCGAGCAUAAAGAUAAUGGAAAACCCCCCACAUUGGUGACAAGUAUGAUAGACUAUAACAUGCCAAUCACUAUGGCCUAUAUGAAGCACAUGAAACUCCAGCUUUUGAAUUCUCAACAAGACGAGGACGAAAGCUCUAUAGAAAGUGAUGAAUUUGACAUGAGUGACUCUACAAGGAUGUCAGCUGUGAACUCCGACCUCAGCUCCAACCUAGAGGAAAGAAUGCAAAGCCCUCAGAAUCUCCAAGGCCAACAAGAUGACGAUUCAGCUGCUGAGAGCUACACCUGCAAUGAAACAGUGGGACAAGCUUCCAACUCUACAGGAGCAACUCACAACCGGGAGAUGAUGGAGGUGAUCACUACCAAUGGAAAUGCCAUUUCUGAACAGGAGGAGCAGCCCCUGAAUCUGAGUGACUGUCCUGUCUCAAGCCAGCUAAAUCCAGAAUACCGGAUAGAUGAUCAUAGUAGCAAUGGGAAGCACCCAUACAAAAACCUCCUCAUAGGAGACCUCAAAAUGGACAGAGAAGCAAGGGAAAAUGGAAACAAGUCUCCAGCACACAGCUACUCCAGCUAUGAUUCUGGGAAGAAUGAAAGUGUAGGGGGCUGUGGGGAAGAUCUCUCCAUGACCCGGGGAGAUGAAGAUGAAGAUGACCAUGAUGACCAUGAAGAUGCUGAAAAGGCAGCUGAAUCAGACGGAGUAGAAGCAGAACGCCUUAAAGCUUUUAAUAUGUUUGUCAGGCUGUUUGUAGAUGAAAACUUGGACCGAAUGGUCCCUAUAUCUAAGCAGCCCAAAGAAAAGAUCCAGGCUAUCAUUGACUCAUGCAGGCGUCAAUUCCCUGAAUAUCAAGAACGUGCCAGAAAACGUAUACGCACUUACCUCAAGUCCUGCAGGCGGAUGAAAAGAAGUGGUUUUGAGAUGUCACGGCCUAUCCCCUCACACCUUACCUCGGCUGUAGCAGAAACUAUCUUGGCCUCAGCCUGUGAGAGUGAGAGCAGGAAUGCUGCCAAGAGGAUGAGACUGGAUAGACAGGAUGAAACUCCCCCGGCUGACAAAUCCCAUAAACAAGACACAGCACAGGUCACUUAUUCAACAUCCGCUGUUUCAAGCACACAAGACGUGUUAUACAUCAAUGGGAAUGGUACCUACAGUUACCAUACUUACAGAGGGCUAGGGGGAGGGCUUCUAAAUCUAUCUGAUACCUCUAACAGUGGUCCCACUGAUCUGAGCAUGAAGAGGCCACUAGCAACCAGCUCUACAAGCCCCAGCAACACAAGCAACAGAACCCAGCUAAACCCUACUGAAAUUAACGCAGUGAGACAGCUGGUUGCAGGUUACCGAGAAUCUGCAGCAUUUUUGUUGCGUUCAGCAGAUGAACUGGAAAACCUCAUUUUACAGCAGAACUGAAUCAUACAACCUCUUCCCUGGUCUGGUUUAGCCCUGGGAAUCCACAAAUGACAUUCUCAUGUGCCAGAGUGGGCCCAUCUUGUUACAGCACUGAUGUGUAGAGGAGUUAAUUACCAUAAUGCCACACUGUUUUUGAUCCAUGAAGUGAUGUAAAGGUGCUGCGGGUGCACUUAAGACCUUUGACAUUAUGGGGGUCUUUGAUGUGUCCAGCUUUUUGUUCUCGGUGUGUCAGUUUAAAUAUUGCAUAUGUGGCUGUUGCUCAUUAAGUCAUGCAAACCAAUGAAGCAGAUGGAGAACACUGAGAUGGUCAUUUAGUUCAAUUUCCAAGUGCAAUAUUAGUGGAAUGUGCCACUGACUCUCUGCAAGGAAAGCUCCAUGGUACGGCAGGACAAUGCCAAGAUACACUCAUGCUAGAAAUUUCAAUGAAGGAUUGCAUAUUUUUUAAAUAAUAGGAUUUUUUAUAUGGUACUUUUUUCAUGCAGACAUUUUAUUUAUAUUUCGAUGAUCUUUCCACAUUCCCUAAAGGUCGCUGAUGAAAUAUUUUUGAAUCCCCCUUUUCUUGAACCCCAGGCAAAUUGUUAGCUACUGUUUUAGUUGCAGGCUUAUUUAAUUAAAUCCUUAGUGCUAGGAACGCUCCAGGCAAGCUAUAUGAAAAAGUUCCUUUUCUUUCCAAUUGUUCCUUUGUCCUUUCAGUGCUGGGAGUAGGGCUGUAGGCACUAGGUUAUGUGUUGGAAUAACUUGGUAUUCACCAUAUAUAUAUUUUAAAAAUGGGAUGAGAUAAUGGAGAGUUUGGCUGUCCAACAACAUUGAAACACACUUGCCAAUGUCUUGUAGUGCAGUUACACUGUUGGUUUUGUUGGCUAGUAGGCAAGUGUUUAGCGCUGUGAUAGCAGCCUCAAAUGUACUGAUAUAUUUCCCCUUUAUAUUAUGGUGAUUGUGCAAAGCACUUCUGCUUGCAGGAUCUAAUGUCCACAACAUUUAUUUUGUAGUUUAGUUUAAUAUGUCCAGUGCACCACAUAAUAUAUAUAUAUAUAUUUAUUAGCGCUGCUAUUAAGGUUAUGUAGCAGACAGGCCUCGGACCAGAUCUAGAGAGGAGGGUCCCCAGGCAAUGAGUGACUAGACUUCACUUUGCCUUCUGCUUCCCCCUUCUUGGAAUAAAAGGUGAGAAAAUAAUAUGUGCUCCAUCUGCAGGUAGACGUAGCUCCUAAGGGAAACGAAUCUCUGCGAGACCAACCUGCAUCCCUUCAUCUCUUUAAUCUAUACCUCCCCAAUGUCCCACUUUCACAAGGCGGUCCUAAAUCAUAAUACUGAAAAGAAACAAGACUCACAGGGAAGAAGUUGGAGUUAGGGUGAAUACUAGGAGUGAACUGGGUAGAUCAAGUAAAGCCAGCUAGGAUGUCACAAUUUUUGCUUUAGAAAUGUUAUGGUUGAUCUACCACUUCCAGCCUUACCUUAACACCUGAAGGUUGUUGGUGAGAUGACCAAGGGGCAAACACCCCAAUACAAUAAUAAUCGCACAAUAUAAUUUAUACCUUUUUUAAACAAGCAGGGAUAAGGGUCAAAUGCAUUCUCUUUCUCGCCCUAAAGCCAACAUGACAGAUUCUUCAGUUGAUGGAAAUCAUAAACUUUAAGGUCAUGUAUUUCUUCCAGCGUCAUGGAGCUGCCCCUUUAGCAGGAUAUCCCCUCACUGUAUUACAUUAGCCAUUCUUGGGAUACACCCGUAGCUCGUACCCCUCUCUAUGACAGAACCCAGGCGGGUAACUAUGGUUUGGCUGAGCUCUAUCAUUAACCCUGCUGCUGUUCCAUGCAAAUCCUUCUCUGUGUGGUUGGAGACUGAUGAUAUUUAAGAGGCUGCAAGUGACAAUCUGAUAAUUUGCACUCUGGUGCGAUUUUACUUAUUUAUUUCUAAUUUAUUUUUUAUUUUACUACUGUGGCUUUAACCACUUAGGUACCAAGGGGUGAUUAACCCUUUCUCCAUCAGAUUGGUUAGCUGAACCCUUCACUACCUAUGCUGGUUGUAGGAAGGGUUAAAUAAAGCAAAUUUCACAAAAAAAAAAAAAAGUGUGUGAACUGGACACGCCCACCAGACAGAAAGUUGUACAAAAACUGUAUAUUGAUCAUAAACUCCAACCGCUCUUUAUUUCCAUUAGUAACGACACAUAAUAAUAAUGGUGUUUAUUUUUGUGCACUGAUCAUUAUCACUUUUGCAGUAGAGAAGUACUUUUUUUGUUCAUGGCACAAGUAUAAUAUGUUUAGUUGUUUAGCUUUUGUUGAAUAUCAUGUCCCUUGUGCAUUCCUGAAUUUGCCUUAUUUCAUGUAAAAAUGUAAUUGGGUUUUUGACAAUGAGUUUAAGGCAUCAGUGAUAUUUUGUACAUAAACAUACCUGUUUUCUAUAGACUGACUGUGAUUGUGACUAGGUAAUGUGCACUUUUUAAUGUAACUGUGGGCAUUGCUAUGCUUUUCCUUUGAGUGUUUCUAGGGUUACUGUUGCUUACUUAAAAAAAAGAAACUUUUGUGAUACUGUUUGUGAAAUAUAAUGUGAAAAAGCUAUUGAAUUAUGAAUAUUUUUAAUAUAUUGUACAUUAUUACACAAAACAUCUUUACGUUGUGGACCAAUGUUCACAAAUUUAAAUGAAACUCAAAGAUUGAGGGCUGACAUUUCCUCUGGUUUGUUUGGAUAAAUAAAUUGAUUUAUG